CGGAGGCGCGCGGCGGCGGCGGCUGCGGCCUGUGGCGCCGUCACCGGGCAGAGCCGAGCGGGUCCGGCUAGGCGCUGCUGCCGCUGGCCAGGUGCGCGGGGACGAUUCCAGGCUGCGCCAGGGUCCGGCCCGCCUUCCCGCCGCCGACGUCCUCCCGUCUACGGGCCGCCAGGGUCCCGUUAUCAUGUCGCUGAGGCAGCGCCUGGCCCAGCUGGGUCGCCGUCUGCAGGAGCCGCAGAAAGUGGCCCGUUUCCAGCGGCUGUGCGGGGUGGAAGCGCUGCCUCGCCGCUCCGCCGCUCCCGCCACCGAUCCGAGGGAGGAUGAGAAGGCGGAGGCGCCCCUAGCCGGAGACGCCCGGCGCCGAGAGCCGCAGCCUGGGGCGUCUGCAGGCCCCCAGCCGCCCGGGAACGACCGCAAUCAGUGUCCCGCCAAGCCCGGCGGCGGCGGCGGCGCCCCCAACGGCGUGCGGAACGGGCUGGCGACCGAGCUGGGCCCGGCCUCGCCGCCGCGCGUGGGGGCCCUGCGCCGCAACUCGCUGACGGGCGAGGAGGGUGAGCUGGCCCACGUGAGCAACUGGCCGCUCUACUACCUGUUCUGCUUCGGCACCGAGCUGGGCAACGAACUCUUUUACAUCCUGUUCUUCCCCUUCUGGAUCUGGAACCUGGACGCCCUGGUGGGCCGGAGGCUCGUGGUCAUCUGGGUGCUGGUCAUGUACCUGGGCCAGUGCACCAAGGACAUCAUCCGCUGGCCGCGGCCCGCCUCGCCGCCCGUGGUCAAGUUGGAGGUCUUCUACAACUCCGAGUACAGCAUGCCCUCCACCCAUGCCAUGUCAGGCACCGCCAUCCCCAUCUCCAUGAUCCUCCUCACCUACGGCCGCUGGCAGUAUCCUCUUCUAUGUGGACUGAUUCUUAUUCCCUGCUGGUGUUCUCUAGUUUGCCUAAGUAGAAUUUACAUGGGAAUGCACUCCAUUCUGGAUAUUAUUGCCGGAUUCCUAUAUACCAUUUUAAUCUUAGCUAUCUUCUAUCCGUUUGUGGACCUGAUUGACGACUUCAACCAAACUCACAAAUAUGCUCCAUUAAUCAUCAUCGGGCUUCAUUUAGCCUUGGGGAUCUUUUCUUUCACUCUUGACACCUGGAGUACAUCCCGAGGAGACACAGCUGAGAUUCUAGGAAGUGGUGCUGGAAUUGCAUGUGGAUCUCAUGUUAGCCAUAACGUGGGGCUAAUGUUAGAUCCUUCUCUGGAUAUACUACCAUUAGCUCUGCCCCCCAUUACCGUGACUAUGUUUGGAAAAGCCAUACUGCGGAUCCUCAUCGGGAUGGUAUUUGUACUAAUAGUCAGAGAUAUAAUGAAAAGGAUCACCAUUCCUUUAGCCUGUAAAAUCUUCAGUAUACCAUGUGAUGAUAUUCGAAAAGCAAGACAACACAUGGAAGUUGAACUUCCUUAUCGGUAUAUUACCUAUGGGAUGGUUGGUUUCUCUAUCACAUUUUUGGUUCCUUAUCUAUUUUUCUUUAUUGGUAUCUCUUGAUGCAAAAAUACUGUUUAUAAGAAAGGAGGGUAUCAGUUACUGAUAUCCAAAAAUAUAUCCUAGUUAAAAGCCAAAUCAGAGUUAGGCUUUUGCAGGAAUUUAACUUAAAUAAUUAUUUAAGUAAAUUCGUAAGAGUCAGUGCAUUUUAUCAUUGCACAUCCAGAUAUUGUUUUAGGUGAGCUGAGCUAUUUCAACACUGAGAAAAUGAUAAGUAUCCAUUUAGAAUGUUCAUGUAACGUUUGGAGAGUUUUAUGCUGUUAUGAAUUCGAGUUAUAUAUAAUAUAUAUUAAGAUACAUAAUGUACAAUUAUGUAUCUAAUGUAUGUUAUAUAUGAAAUAAUAUACCUAAGUUAUUUUAAACUGUGGGGCUGUAUUAUAAAAUCAAUAAUAAUAUGCAAACAGUGUGCCGGUAUAUUUGGAUUUAGUACAGGCACGUUGUUAUUAACAGAUAUAUUUAACAUUUAUUUACUAUGGGAACCAUUUCCUAAUUGAAUUGCGUAAUUACUAGACCAGAAUUCAUAUGCCACCACAUAAUGUUUUACUGCCUCUUUUUACACUGCCGUCACCUUUCAUGUUACCCAUGAUGUUGAGCAUGGGAGGCAUUUUUAAUGGACCAAAUUUUCAGAAAAAUUAGGGUUUUUUUUUUUUUUUUCAAUUCUGUACACUGUGUUGAAUGUACUUUAUUUGCAGUUGUUCUGGACAUCAGUUUAAUAAUUCAGGUACUGAAUUUUAUUGCUUGCUAAUUGUGCCUUUCUGUUGCUGAAUUAAGAAAUGCCAUGUAUACUGUGAUACAAAAAUAAGAUACUAUCUUUAUCUUAAGUUACAUAUAAUCAGGCAAAUGUUUUAAAAAUACAUGUCAAACUUAACAGGGCUAGAAGCAAGCCACCCUCAAUUCUUUAGCCUUUGUUUGGAAAGAAAUGUGGAAUGGGUUAAACUUUCUCACUAAUUUAUUGGGUAGCUAAAUGGAUAAAUAUUUCCAUUUUUGUAGGUAUUUUCCUGUGCAUUGUAAGUUUUAGGAACAAGAUAUAUUUUUUGUACAUUGUCUUGAUUGUUUAUACUGCAGGUAGAUACUUCCAAUGAAUGGAAAUGUAAUUGAAAUUUAUAGAUGGGACAAUGCACACACUUAAUUUAUAAACAAACCGUUUUUCUAAAUUAUUUGGAAAGGAUUGGAUUUAGCAGUGUUAACUUUUAAUACCCAUUUAUUAGCUACUUAAGGUAAAUUAUAAAAUCUGAAAGUAUCAGUAUUUUAGAUCCUAUUAUUUUUUCAAUUUUUAUUAUUUUCACAGUGGAAAAUUUGGGUAUUAAACAUUUCUUUCUUCUGUCUGUGCCUUUAUAUUUUGAAGUGUAAUUGUAAUUAGGUUAACAUUAAGUUUAUUUGUAGUAAGUUUUUCUUAAGAGAAUUAACUUUCCAUAUAAAUGAGCAUCAGGUAUGGAAUUACUGACUUUAGUGCAAUAUCUGUCUGAUUAUCCAGAAGUAUCACUUAAGAUGUUUCUAUUUUGGACAGCAUAACUAUUUGAACUCAUAUUUUUAUAAUUCCGAUUGAGAAUUUAGGGACAUGGUAAUUUUUACCAAGAUUGAAUAUGAUAAUUUUAAGUAAAACAACUAAAUUUGGGAUCUUUAGCUGUUAGUCGAAACCGAGGCACUUAGGAACAUAUCGGUACGUUGGAAAAUGUGCAAAGAACUUUUCUUUCAAAAUGUGUUUAAUGAAUUGAAUUUUAGGAACUACUUCCCAUAAUUUGGGUCUAUGCUAUCUUAUUAAUUUUUAUAUCUAGCUUAAAAGGUAUUUGAAAAUACU